GCGAGGCGCGUGAGCGUGACGGAAGACAAGAGUCCGACAUCAUGAAUGAAGAUGAAGCUCACCGGGCCACUUCUACUCCUGGUCCUGCUUGUUGUCGCUGGGCCGAGCCGAGCCCAGGCCAAGACCUCUCUCCUGGAUUUGACCAACAGCAUUGGGAGCAUCCUUCCCAGUCUCAGCCGACCAGCAAACCACAGCCGCAUCUUCUAUGCAGUGAUGUUUGAUGCAGGGAGCACAGGGACACGCAUCCACGUUUACACCUUCAUCCACAGUGACUCAGUGGAGCUGCCUGUGUUGGACAAUGAGAUGUUCCAUUCCAUAAAGCCUGGUUUGUCAGCAUAUGCCGACUCCCCUGAAAUGGCUGGACACACAGUUAGGAUGUUGCUGAAGGUGGCCAAGAAGACUGUCCCUCGUCUGGAGUGGAAGAGAACUCCAGUGGUCCUACGAGCCACAGCUGGACUUCGGCUGCUGCCCGCAGACAAAGCCCAGGCUCUUCUGGACCAGGUUCAACAUGUCUUUGAUGAGUCUCCCUUUUUGGUCCCAGACAACGGCGUCAGCAUAAUGAACGGCACAAACGAAGGAGUCCUGGCCUGGAUAUCUGUGAACUUUCUGACAGGUCACCUGAAAGCACAAACCAAGAAGACAGUGGGAAUCUUGGAUCUGGGAGGAGGAUCCACGCAGAUUACUUUCCUGCCAAAACUGAGGAAAACCAUUGAAAGUGCUCCUGUAGCUGAUUACGUUGCCAGAUUUGACAUCUUCAACUCAACAUUUGAGUUGUACACUCACAGUUACCUUGGAAAUGGACUGAUGGCAGCGCGACUGGCCACACUGGGCGCUUUGGGUGCAGAAGGGCUGGAGUGGCGAGUUUUUAAAAGUUCUUGCCUGCCAAAGAAGUUCAGGGAUGAAUGGAGCUUUGGAGGCCUGACCUAUCAAGUGAGCGGGGACCCAGAUGGUUAUGCAGGAUACAAGCUUUGUUAUCAGGAAGUACUUAAGGUGGUGAAGGGGAUUAUUCAUCAGCCGUAUGAGCUCCAAGACAGCAAUGUUUUCUAUGCAUUCUCCUAUUACUUUGACAGAGCGGUGGAUGCAGGCCUUAUCGAUGCUGUCAAAGGAGGGAUGCUAGAGGUCAGAGACUUCAAAAAGAGAGCCAAAGAGGUGUGCAAUAAGAUGACCAAGUACCCUCCCAUCAGUUCUUUCCUGUGUAUGGACUUGACCUACAUCACCUGUCUACUCAAGGAUGGGUUCGGCUUCAAGGAGAGCACUGUGCUGCAGUUGACCAAGAAAGUGAACAACGUGGAGUCAAGCUGGGCUUUGGGCGCCACGUUGGACCACUUCCACAACCUGAAGAUCCACUGAGGAGAAGAGAGGAACAAACACUGCUGACUUAGGUAGUGCUCAGUAACAAACAGGAGCAAUGUGCACAACCUUUUCAAACGUCCCCGGACAUCUGCAGUUUGUUUCACAAGAGCAGAACUAACCUCACAAGUAAUUCUUAAUUUUGUUUGAAAAGCAAUUCUUAAGUGUGAAUAUAUUGAGCUGUAAAUGAGCAAUGUGUGCCUUACUCAGAGACCGAGUGAAGCACUGAGGCUAACAAUUGAGUGAAAGAUGUUACCAGUAACACACUGAGUAAAUGCAUCACUGGGUACACAGUUGGUUUCAGAUAAAGGUUUCUGUGUUUUACUCAGGCUGAUAAACAGGGUGGCCUGGCAGGUUGUGCUGGCAAGACCAGUGUUUACAUGCAGCAAAGUGAUAGACUGGGGUUUAGCAAUUUUUCACGUGUUAGGUGUUUUGUUAUCAGUAAUAAGGAUUAUGGGGUAUACACAUUUCAAUUUGACAGUCAUUCCUAUCAGCCAAUGAUAUUUUAAAAAAUUAUUACAGAAAAAUGUCACUGCAUUUCUGCCCCAGACUUCUGUUUACAAUGACACUGCACAUAAUGCAUGGUCAGUAUAUUUUCACAAACUUUUAAACCCGUCUCAGUGUUUCUUUGGGACUAUUUGUUUUCAAAAACUUGAGGAAAAAGGUUAUUUGUACAAACUUUGCCAUUUCACACUUGUCAAAAUAAAACCAUCAUUGAUUGCUAAUUACAAAUAUCUACAGGGAUGAAAAUUGAUGGUUAAUUUAUUUACAUAUAGAUGUCUAUGCUAGGUACACUGUGACAGUCAAUCUAGUGCUGCUGAGAUAGGCAGUGUGCGACAUUUUACAAGACUACAGCAGCGCCACCACAUCUUCUCCAUAUGCGUGGCCAUCCGUCGACAUGGUAACCAGUUCAUGUGGCUGAGAGAGAACUACCACCGAGUCUGCAGAGCCUGGA